AGCCGAUUUGGUUAAAUUUUUAUUAUUGUAGUGCUCGUAAUUUAUGGUCGUUCGCUCUUAUGUCUGCAUACAUAUAUGUGUGGGUGAAUAAAUGUUUGGAAUUUGAAUUGCAAAGCAAAAAUCAAAGAAAAUGUAAAAAGUAAACAAAUUGGGAAAACAGAUAAACAAAUAAUGUGCAAAGCUAAGCAGUUCGGCUGCCAUUAAAUUAAAUUGGGCUUGCUGUUUCGCUGUUUGUAAUAAAUAUUAAAAUAUUCGUGUCUGGAAAAUUUGUAUCGAUAAUAUUAACUUGUGUUCUAAAAAUCUUUGAAUAUACAUAGAAAAUUAAUUUUGCAUAAGUGUGAAUGUUUUGGAAAUUGCGAAAAGGCAAAUUCAAAAUUUUGUGAAAAUCAUCUCAAUUGUGUUUUGUGUAUAAUAGCGGAAAAGCCGCAUUGGAGAUUGUGUGCUUAUUGCAUUAUUGGAGGGAAGCUAGUGGGAGGGAGGCUUGUCGGUUGCCUUGUUGACGAGAAUGUCCUUCAAGAAUUUUGCGCAAAUGCCAAGUAAUAUGUUGGGUAUAGUGUAGAAACGAUUAUAACUUGCAAAAAUAUCGGAUAAAAGUAGUUUCAAAGCAAAAAAGAGAGCGCGUUUUGGACGUGGUGGGGGUGCCGGUGGUGGUUCCCACAGGAUAACCAGCGAUUACUCAUCGUGCUCGUGAAAUUGGAAAACAAUAAAAGUAACAACAAAGUGGACCGAUUGUCUUCAACAAUCGACCCCUUCCAAGUGCCGAAACACGAACGCGCACACAUGUUUGUUUGUGUGCGUGUUGUAUGUUAAAAAAACCGGCGUGCUAUACAAAAAUAGAGCUAUUUGCAAUUUAAAAAUAACUUAUUAAAAAUAAAAGUAAAGGAAAAUUCAUCACGCUGACUACAGCGUAGGCUGCAAACAAACAAAAAAGGAAGCAAAUCGUUCGAGGCCGUGCUGUCAUUCGCAACAUACACAUAUUUAGUGCCUCAAAGUUUGCCAAUCAUCUGUGUGCUUCCUUUCAACUUGAAUUCCAUCGGCCAACAACCGACCGACCACGCAUUUGAGCAGCGUCUUCCAACGCUGUCAUUGUGCGUCAAUUUUUGUAUAACUUGUUUUGGUAUAAAUUCUUAUUGGAUUGCAUUCCUCUCCGUGCUGCUUCGUUUAGUUGGCCUUCGCUGUUGAUUUGUGGCCAAGAUGAGCGAACGUAAAUUCACACGCGGCCUAAACAACAACAAAGCCGGCACGGCGGCCCAUCUUCGCGAAUCCGUGUCGCAGGUUGUGCGGCAGAGCACGGCAUUGAUGCAAUAUCCUGUACUGAGCAGCCGUAAUAUGAAUAAACCGCAUGUGGUGGAGCCUAUCGAUUUUGAAGGUUUCGUGGCGAAGAAUAAAAUGCUUAUUCAAAAUGAUCCGCAAAGAGAAUUGUUGAUGUAUCCCAAUGACGAUGUCUCGGAAAUCGUUAUGCCUCGCAAACAACGCACAAAUACCAAAUCAAUCAUCGAUCGUUUCGAACCGCCCAAUGAAGCAAUCAUAUGUCCCUUGCAUGGUGGCACAAAUUCCGCAAGCAACGGCUCCAGUAGCACUUCAAUAUCACGCCAGAACAGUCACACAAACAGCCCCAAAACAACCCAACGCCAAAUCAGCAGUCAAUCCAACACAAGUCUACAAAAUGGAAAUCUAUCGAGAAAAAGUUCGCAGAGUUCGUCUAAUAAAAUACAGUUAUCCAUUAAAUCACCAACUUCCUCACACGAUUCAUAUGAAUCGGCAAUAUCGACUAUGGGCUCGAUUAGCGCCAACAUAAAUUCCACCUCGCAUUCGUCCUCAUCCUCGACGUUAAAGUCGAAUAUACUUGCACAACCGGAGGAAGAUGAGGAUUUGGAUGGCUCGGACGGCGCUGAUGGCAUGAGCAGCAGUGGAAGUGGUGGAGGCACCCGCGCCGAAUGUACGCGCUUCACACGUCAAGCGUUGUAUACAUAUCGCGCAAAGAAUCAUCUCAUACACUACAAGUAUAGCGCUUAUGGUGGGACAUGUCAUGAUUUGCCAAGAAUAAAUCCACCCGAAGCUCUGAUAGAGGAGGUGUACGAGAUUGAUGCCGAUCAGGAUCGCAUUGACGAACAAAUGACAAGAUCUCAAGCCGAUUCGAUAACGAAGCAGGGUUACUUGCUGAAGGGGCCGGACUCAGGUUCGGAUCGUAUGUUUGUGAAUAUAGGCAACAAGUCAUUUAAAAGGAGAUAUUGUUAUCUCCGUCAAGAGGUCGAUGGCACUUACAUUCUUGAACUGCACAAAGAUGAAAAACAAGGUGAGGCUAAAGCCACUAUAGUCAUGGAUUUUUGCACAGAAGUUGUGCAGAACCCCAAACGCGGUCGUUUUUGCUUUGAGCUCCGCAUGACCGCUGGCCAUAAGUCGUUCACCCUUGCCGCCGAAAAUGACGAAGAAUUCAAGGAUUGGCUGAGCAAGCUGUCGCUCGUAUUGCAGCAGAACAAGAUUCAAGAAGAUAAACGGGUCGCUUCGCUCGAACGCACACCACCGCCCAGCACCAAUGCUGUUAUUUUUGGUACCCUAAAAGGUCUCGAUCAGUCCAUGAACCCCCAAUUGAUUAAGUAUGGUCGUGAAACUGACAUUUCCAUUGCGCAAGCGCGUCGCGAGCAUCGCCGGCGCCUCUUUGCUUGCUAUCAAUCAACAGGCAAAGCGACUAUCACCGACACCGUCGACCAGUUUCGCGAGCAAUUCGGCAAACGUAUCUUUAUAGCCUGUAAAGGCCUACGCUUCCGACUGCAAUGUGCCGGUGCAGAUGGGCUCGACGGCGAGAAUUUAUGCCAAGUGGAACCAUAUAUCACCAGCCUGGCGUUAUAUGAUGCGCGCGCCGGUCGAAAACUAACCGAAUCCUUCUAUUUCAAUGUGAAUGAUGAGUAUGUAAGUGAUAUGUUGCCAACAACGCCAGUGCCCAAUUCUGUGGCGGCUUGUUGCGUGCCACAGCGCCGUGGUGACGAGAAGGAGGAUAGGGCGCGCGGCGGUGGUGGUGGUAACAGUGAAGUGCGUGUGCAGAACUCGCUACUAGAGAAUUUAUCUGGUGACUUAUUGCGUUGCACCAAAGAGCAUUUUGCACACUUGCGACAGGCUGUAUUCUCAGUGACAGCACCGCAUCCGGAUAUAUACUUAGUGCUGAAGGUGGAGAAGAUAUUGCAAGGUAGUAUAGUGCAGGCGGCCGAGCCUUAUUUGAAGACUGGACGCGAUCCAAAGAUCGCCUUGAAACUACACAAAACGGUGCGUAAUUAUGCGCAAAAUAUAGGACACUAUCGACAGCCGUUCGCUUGGGCAGCUAAGCCGCUCUUUCGGCUGUAUAGAAAUGAAUUGGAUACGGAGAAUGAUACGUUUGAAUUGACGACCAUUUACAGGCAAGAGGCAAACAAAUUGAAGGAUGAGGAGCUGUUGAAAUUGUUGGCGGAAUUCCGAAAGCCAGAUAAGCUGAGUAAAUUGACUAUUAUACCAGGGUAUAUGAAGCUGACCGUUGAGGAAGUGGAAAGGGUGCCAGGUUCCUUUACUAAGUCUUUAGUGCCGCUAGCUAACUUCACAUUUCCACCCAAACCGCCCACGCUCGAGCUGACCGAAUUCCAAAGCAAUAGCACGCGCGACACAUAUCCCUAUAUCACAUUCUGCAAUCAUUUAUUUGUCUAUCCGCAGUAUCUGCAAUUCGAUAGUCAGAAAUUGUUUUCGCGCGCACGCAACAUUACCGUUGUGGUGGAGCUGCGUGACUCAGAUGAGGAGGGCAGCAAGCCGUUGAAGUGCAUUUACGGUCGUCCUGGUCAUGACUUCCUAGUCUCGCAAAUCGCAUGUCCCGUGCUGCAUCACAACACCACACCCACUUGGUAUGAGGAAGUGAAAAUGCGUCUGCCUUUAGGUCUCUUCCACGAGCACCAUUUGCUCUUCUCUUUUUAUCACGUGUCGUGUAACUUGGGCAAGAAACGCGAUGCCAGCGCAACAUUCGAAACACCUAUUGGUUAUGCUUGGUUGCCGCUGCUGCAGAAAGGUCGCAUAAAUUUGGAGGAGCAGGUCAUAUCGGUUGCGGCUACACUGCCAGCGGGCUAUUUGUCGAUACAGCCCUUGGGCCUGGGCAAAGGGCAGAAUUGCGGUCCCGACAUACAAUGGAUCGACAAUCAGCGCCCACUUUUCGGCGUCGCCUACCGCAUGGACUCCACUGUUCUGACUGCCGAUCAGCAUUUACACAACUUUUUUGCACAUUGUGAGCGUCUUUUGGAGGGUGGCAAAACCAUUGCAUUACCCGCUGAAUCGGAGACUUGCAAGAUCCUCAAAGCUGCGCACGCGAUCGAUAUCAGCACCCUGAUCAAUUUUCUGCCAACCGUGCUGAAUGAACUAUUUACACUACUCGUACAUACCCAGUCCGAAGAGAUCGGUUUGAAUAUUAUACGCCUUCUGAUCAAUAUGAUACACAUGCUGAUCGAGGAGGCCGGACGCAAAGAGCUACUCAGCGCCUAUGUUAAGUACGUCUUUCAUGCGCCCUACUACAGCCAGAAGAUAUCGCGUACGGUGCACGGCGAGUUGUGCAAACAUUUGCCAACUAUUUUGCAUCCGAACAAUACCGAUUUUCUAAUCGUUAAUAAAUUUAUGCAUUACUCGGCUAUUUUCUUUGAUCUGAUCAUCAAAAGCAUGGCGCAACAUCUCCUGGAUACUGGCCGUAUUCGUAUGCUGCGCAAUGAGCGAUUUCCUAAAGAAUAUCCCGCACGUGUGGAGAAUUUGAUUAAGGUGCUUACACCAUAUUUGAUUUCCCGUUACAAAGAUCUACCCGUUGAGACGCAGCAAUUGAAUAGAUCGCUAUCGCAAUUUGUGAGGCGCUGUCUCAGCUAUAUGGAUCGUGGUUUCGUCUUCAAGUUAAUUAAGUAUUACAUGGAGCAAUUUGAGCCUGGUGAUCAGCGUACACUACAAGAGUUCAAAUUGGAUUUCUUGGCAGAGAUUUGCCAGCACGAGCAUUAUGUGCCGCUGAAUUUGCCGUUUGUGCUGAAUCCGAAAAAUCGUCCACCAGAAAUGAUGCUACAUUUUACGCUCUCCGAGGAAUUCCGUCGUCAGCAUUUUCUUGCGGGUCUGCUGCUGCAAGAACUGAAACGCAGCUUGAAUGAGGCUAGCUCUGUGCGACGUCAUGCGUUGCGUAUCUUUAAGAAUCUGCUUGCGAAGCAUGAGCUCGACGAUCGUUACCAGAAUCGUGGGCAGCUUUCGCGCAUCGCACUGCUCUAUGUGCCUUGGCUGGGCAUCGUGAUGGAGAACACGCACCGCAUCGAUGAUAUGUCAGGCGUGGCCACGCCCAAUGGUCACGUAUACGCCGAUUCAGCUUCUUAUACACAGCGCUUGUCCUGCUCUAGCAGUUAUGUGUUUGGUAAAGACACUACCGUAACUUCGUCCACGUCUACGCCGCGUUCGAAAAACCGUAUGACUCUCCACAUCGAGCAUCCUAGUCCCUUGCGCUCUUCGGUAUACGUCAGGGAAGCCCCGCACGGUGGCACCGCUCCGCUGGCCAAUAGCAACUCGGAAACCUCACUGAACACGCUCAAUUCAGACUCACAAAAUUCACAGGACACGCCUACUUUAGGCGUCAUUGCAAAUGGUCAUCAUGUCACCGACUUGACCGAGGUGGCCAUGCGUAACAACCAAAAUCGCUCGAUUAAUGUUAUGCAGGGCUUGAAUAGCUUGCCGCGGUGCGACAAGUUCAAUACGGCGGAAAGUAAGGAUCUGCUGCUGGGGUUUCUUUUCGUUGUCAAACAUUUGGCGCAAGAUCAAAUGAUAGGCUGGUGGCAGAACUGCACCGAAACAGAAACCCUCGCCUAUCUCAGCAUACUCGAUCUCUGUUUAGUGCAAUUUCGCUAUGUUGGCAAGAAGCAUAUCAGUUUGUCGGAUGACAGCAAGGAAGCGCGUUCGGCGCGCACUGCCAAGGCCAGCACUUUGCCUGCUCGCAUGCAGCCGCCGACUGUGGAGCAAACGACCAAUGGUAACGGAACGACGCAUGAAACUGGUACACUGACGCUCACACAAAAUCGCGAAAACCUCGUCGAAGAGACGGCGCGCAGUCAACAGGCAUUGUACGAUUCGAAUCUGGCUACCGAAAUCGGCAUGAUCAUACUCGAUAGUCUAGGCUUGUAUGCGGUACAUUUUCGUGACAAACUAUGCGAUAGUCUUGUGCUGCCACAGUUGGCGCGUGUCUAUCUGCGUUUCCUACAGCUCGGUCAGUCAGAGAGGCUCUCGAAGCAUGUUUUUGCCGCCUUGCGCGCUUUCAUCAAUAAUUUUUCACCCGCACUCUUUAAAGGUAACGCUACCCUCUGCGGUCAAAUGGUUUAUGAGCUGCUGAAAGGCUGCGACAGUCGUCUUGUCGCCAUACGCCAUGAGUCCUGUGCCGUGCUUUACUUGUUGAUGCGCAGUAAUUUCGAAUAUACCGGCCGCAAAGGUCUUACGCGUGUGCACCUCCAAGUUAUCAUCUCCGUUUCACAGAUGAUCGGCAAUGUGAUCGGUUUAAAUAAUGCACGUUUUCAGGAGAGUCUAUCGAUGAUUAAUAGUUAUGCUAACAGCGACAAAGCGAUGAAGGGCACUGGCUUUCCAGUGGAGGUGAAAGAUCUCACGCGCCGUGUACGCACCGUGCUCAUGGCAACUGCACAAAUGCAGGCGCAUCACAUGGACCCCGAACGGCUACUCGAGCUGCAGUAUUCGUUAGCGAACUCCUACGCUUCUACGCCAGAGUUGCGACACACAUGGCUCAUCACCAUGGCACGCAAUCAUGAACAGAAUGGUAACAUAUCGGAGGCGGCAUGCUGUCACUUGCACAUAGCAGCGCUUAUGUCGGAGUAUUUACGCUUGCGUGGUGGCUGUAAUAUUAAUUGGGGCGCUUCAGCAUUCACGAAAAUAUCUCGUAAUAUACCACGCGACGAGCAAGGCUUGAAAUUGGAUGCUGGCGCACAGGAUUCGCAAUACACCGAACAGAUGCUGUUGGAUCAGCUAAAGCAAUGCGCCGAUUUUCUCGACCGCGGCGAACGUUUCGAGUGCUUGGGUGAUCUUUAUAAACUCAUUCUGCCGAUGUAUGAGCGUAGUCGGUCGUACAUUGAGCUGGCGCAAUCGUACGAACAUCUAAUGCAGGCGUACAACAAAAUCGUCGAGGUGAAUCGUUCGGGCAAACGCAUGCUGGGUCGUUUUUAUCGCGUGGUGUUCUUCGGAAUGGUGUAUUUUGAGGAUGAUCAUGCGGUGGAAUAUGUUUACAAGGAGCCAAAACUGACCUCUCUAAGCGAGAUAUCAGAACGUCUGUCGAAACAAUACAAGGAAAAAUUCGGGGCUGAUGUUGUCAAGAUGAUAAUGGACUCAUCACCGGUGGAUCCCAAUGCGCUCGAUCCCAAGUUGGCUUACAUUCAAGUGACCCAUGUCAUACCAUUCUUCAGCAAAGAAGAACUGGAUCAUCGUUUGAACGAGUUCGAACAAAAUCACGAUGUUGACACUUUCAUGUACGAAACGCCAUUCACAAAAUCGGGUGCUGCGCGCGGAAGCGUUGAGGAACAAUGGAAACGCAAAACGGUCAUCAAAACCACUUACUCAUUUCCGUAUGUCCUAAAACGCAUACCGGUGAAAUCACGUGAAAUAAUAGAACUAAGUCCCAUCGAAGUGGCAAUUGAUGAGAUGCAAACCAAGGUUUCAGAGCUGGAAGAGGUCAUCCUACCACCAGCCGAUGUUAAAAAGUUGCAAUUGCGAUUGCAAGGUAGUGUAGCGGUAACUGUGAAUGCAGGUCCCCUAGCCUAUGCGCAAGCAUUUUUGGAUCCUAAAAUAGUGGGUAACUUCUCUAUUGAUCGCGUAGAGGAUUUGAAGGAUAUUUUCAGAGACUUUGUUAAAGUUUGCAAUACGGCACUCCAGCUAAAUGCGCGCAUGAUCAGCAACGAUCAAGUCGAGUAUCACAACGCACUUACCGAAAACUAUCGCAAACUCUGCCAGGCACUUAGCGAGCUACUCGGUGAGCCGUUUCAGCCGUUGGACGACUGCGUUACAAGCGGGCAACGCAAUAGCAUGGCUUUGUUUAAUGCAAUCAGUGGCGCUUCGCAAAAUUCAAGUUUUGGUUACGCAGUUUAUUAAGUAAUAACAACCACAACAACACAGCCACAAAACCAAAAACCAAAAAUCAAAAACUCAAAAAAUCACAUUCACCUAUACAUUUACACGAACAAAACCAAUUCGAUUGGCACGAAACUGAAAGAACAACAAAAUAAUUUUUAAUACUUAUUACUUGCUUACAUACAUAUGUGAGUCUAACAUUACAGACACUUAUCAUAAGAAUAAAGAAUAGAAAAUAUCAAAAAUUACCAAAA